AUGGUAGGUGUCCCUCCAGCAGAAAUCAUGGCAGACGUUUCCUGGACUGAAGGAGUCUCCAAUGAGACAGCUGCCAAUUCCAGUGCAGAAUUCCAUUUGGAAGCAGAUUUCCAGUAUUCCUUGUUUACUGUCAUCUACAGCUUCGUCUUUGUGCUGGGGCUGGUAGAGAACGUGUUGGCCCUGUACCUGCUGUCCUGCAGGGUAAAGCACACCUCUCAUUCCUAUGUGUACAUGAUUAAUCUAGUUCUGGUGGACACCUUGUUCGUGUGUGUGUUGCCAUUCAAAAUUCACUACCACCUGAAUAGGAACAACUGGAUCUUUGGGGACAUAGCCUGUAGGGUAACUGGGACUCUGUACUACAUCAACAUCUGCCUCAGCAUCGCCUUUUUCACCUGCAUCUGUGUGGACCGCUACAUCGCGGUGUUGCACCCCUUCACCUACAUCCAGAUCAAGGUCAUCCAUUACGUGGUGGUGGUCACAGUGCUUUGGGUGGUCGCUCUGAGCAUCAUGGUUCCGCUCAUCCUCGGAGGUCCCCUCCACAACAGGGGCGUGGGGAACACAGUAGCGUGUUUUGAGAACUUUGCCACGAGUAGCUGGACUUCCCGCAUGACAACUUACAACGUCCUGGCCUUGGUUUUUGGGUUUGUGAUCCCCUUUUCCAUCAUUCUCAUCAGCUACCCUCUCAUUGCCAAGAGGAUCUCCCGCAUCAAAAGCAGCAUUCACAAGAGGAAGGCCCUGAGCACCAUCUACAUCAUCCUGGUCAUUUGUACUUUGUGCUUUCUCCCCUAUCACCUCACUCACCUGCUCCACUUCUUGAUGAGAAUCCAGGUCAUCCAGAACAAGGCGUUCGCCAGCUUGAUCUACAAGAUGCGGAAGGUCACCCUGGCCCUGGUGAGCUUCAACUGCUGCCUUAACCCACUCCUGUACUACUUCAACUCCUCCAGCAGGCAGUGGCACUUCAACUUCAAGCUCAGAUCCAGGUCUCAAGUGGUGUACACCAUCUGCGACCAGAAACUUGGGGAGUGCUCCUACGUUUAUAAACUGCACCAGAGACGUGGAGAGGGAAAAUAG